UGUCAAAAUCGGUUUAUGUCUUGAUUUGACGAUUGCGUGCGUGCGGUUUCAGCGAUUUGAGUGAUUGAGCCAAAACGGAACUAAUAGUUUAAAGAAUUACAUCAGUUUUACCGAACCUUUUUAAAAAUGAUUUACCUCUGAUAUUCUGAUUAUUCUCGUGUUGAUAAUGUUCUCUCCAAACAGUAUGAGACAAUUGUUUUGUCAGCAUAAAUGUGUUAGAUGCUACACAUCUGCAGCAAAGCGCAGCGUUUUGCGACAAGACCUCAGCAAAAUCCCAACUCACCAGUACCCGAUUGCUAAACCGGGUGAUAGCCGUGUAUACGUAUGGGGGAUGGCAGCUACCGGUGCGCUGGGAGUGCAGACUUCUGUGAAGAAGCAGGCAAAAGCGUACGCCGACUAUGUUCAACAUCCGAGUCGGCUGAAUUUUGCUGAGAAUCGUGAUAUUCUCGAUGUCGCAGCCGGUUACGGCUUUUCCGCGUUUGCCGCCUCCUGUCAGGGGGGACAAAGUCUGUGGGGAACGGGAAUAAACACUGACUCGCAGAUCGGUUACCAUAAAUUGGGUGGUAAACAUAGAAAACCGUUUGAAUUGUUGAUCUACCCAGCCCCCAUCAACCUCAGUGCUGUCGCGGGUAACAACAAGGGCGUAAAAAUCGUGAAGGUCGCCGCUGGAAGGGCCCACACUCUGGCGUUAGCGCAAAAUGGAUCAGUUUACGCACUAGGCAACAAUGCAUACGGUCAGUGUGGGAGGAGCAUAAUUAAGAACGAGGACUAUUUUCAUGCGCCUUUGAUAAACAGAAUUGAUCAGCUAAACAAUGAACGAGUGAAGGACGUUGACUGUGGUCAAGACCAUAGCUUCUUUCUGACUGAAUCUGGAAAAUUAUACUCCUGCGGUUGGAGUGACGAUGGCCAAACCGGACAGGAAAAGUUUGGACUCAUUAGCAUUCCCGCGCCGGUCGAAGGCGAUGUGAAGGGAGAACAAAUAGUUAAAGUAACCGGCACGGCCGAUACUGUUUUAGCUUUGAAUGAAAACGGUGAAGUGUUCGGUUGGGGCAACACCGAGUAUGGACAAUUAAACGUUGACGGGGAAGAAAACCCGCAAAUUACCUCUCCACGAAAUAUUGGUUUUUUGAAAGAUUGUGGCAAAAUCGUAGACAUUGCGGCCGGAGGCUCCUAUUGUUUGGUCCUCAAUGAUCAAGGCGACGUAUUUGUAUGGGGCUAUGGAAUUCUCGGUUUUGGUCCGGAAGUGAUUCAUAAAUCACGACCUUGUCGGAUACCCCCAACCCUGUUCGGUCGAAACGAUUUCAAUCCAUCCUGCCGGAUACGAUCCAUUUACGCCGGCGUAACGCACAGUGGAGCUAUCAACGAUCAGGACGAUCUGUAUAUGUGGGGUCACAAUCGGCACGGUUGCUUGGGUUUUGGCAAUAAAAAGGAUCAAUUUUUCCCACUCAAAGUAGCUGUUAAUGCCCGGGUGCUAAAGAUCAGCUGCGGAGUAGAUCACACGCUGGCAUUGUGUAAAGCGUUCGUUUAAAAGCUUCUCUUGAAGCGUGGCAUUGCUCAUAACUAAAUGCAGGAGUUGGUAAAGUUACGUGAAUUAGUGCUUUUUAGGUGCUAUUUAAAUAAUAAAAAAAUAAAUCAAUCAGACAGAUUUAACAUCAGAAAACGCA